CGCGAGGAGGACGCCGCCCUCCUGGGCCCCCUCCAGCUCUUCCCCCCCCAACGGCUCCAUCGACCUCAUGUACUUCCCCUACUACGGCAAGAGAGUCCACGUGAGCGACACCCCCGACACCCCCCGAGACCCCCGGGGGGGCCCCGAGACCCCCCAACACCCCGGGAGCCCCCAGCGCGAGGAGGACGCCGCCCUCCUGGGCCCCCUCCAGCUCUUCCCCCCCAACGGCUCCAUCGACCUCAUGUACUUCCCCUACUACGGCAAGAGAGUCCACGUGAACUACACGCAGCCGGUGGUGGCCGUGCAGUUCCCCAACGCCACGGCCAACGUGGAUCACCACGUGGAGUGUCGGCUCAACGCCGCCGGCCUCCGCACCGACGACGAGCGCGACAAGUUCGCCGGGCGCGUCGCCUUCCGCCUCCGCAUCAACCGCGACUGACC